CACGCUGAUCAUAUAAUCUCUUUUUUUCUUACAGAGUACUCCGUACACUGCCACGCUUAUGCAGCAAGCCAACCGUUUGCCAGCUUGUUUGGCUCCGUGGCCUCCCGCUGCCGCUUUGGCCCGCGCUGGUGGAGGUUGUGCCCUCCCACUCAUUUGCUGGGUUACUCCGGAUGUGAUGUAUGAUCUGCUUGACCUUCCAAGACCAAAAGCCAGCCUUUCCUUCACCUCUUCCCAAUCGUCAUCCUCUUUUUCUCUCCUUCACGGUUGUCCACACGCCGUGAGGACGCAGCUUUUCUUCCUGGUCCCGUACCUGCCUUCCACCACGCUCGUUGAUAUCUCCCUACUCUCGCUUUUCUUUUCCUUUCUGCGCACGUCAUUUAUCUGUUGAUUUUUUUUUAUCCGCGUCUUGACGACACCUCGCUCCUUAGCAUAGAAUUUCAACGCAGGAACUCGUUCACCAAUCUUCGUAUACACAGUAACUCAACAGUGGUAUUCAUGACCCAACGCUAAAGACCUAGAAAGUACGCGGUCUUCCCAACUCAGUAUCACGAGACUGUCGUAUCGUCACCAAAAUAAUGAUGGUUUCCGUAAAAUCAACCCUCGCGGGUUUGGUCGCGACGGCGCUGCUGAUUGCUAAUUCUUGCGCGGUGCCUCAUGGUGUGGGAAUUAAGCAAAAGAGGCAAACUACUCCGAUUGCUGUGACGGGUGUACAGGGAAGCGGAGUUCAGCCACGCCUGGAGAUUAGGACGUUGCAGCAAAAUGCAGAUAUGUUCAACAUGUACAUUUUAGCUCUCUCUCGGAUGCAGCAGACUAACCAGGACGACGUGGAAUCCUACUACCAGCUGUCCGGUAUUCAUGGCCUGCCUAUGGUGCCGUGGGACGGCGUCAAUGGCAACCCAUCAGCCAACCCACCAGCCGGCUACUGCACCCAUGUUUCGAACCUGUUCUUGACGUGGCACCGACCCUACAUGGCGCUCUAUGAGCAAGUUCUUGUUCAGAACGCCAUCGCUGUUGCCAAUGAGUUCCAGGGCAGCGACCAGCAGCGCUAUCUCUCGGCUGCCCAGAACCUUCGUAUCCCAUAUUGGGACUGGGCAGCACCGCAAAAUGAUAGCAACGUUGUUCCAGAUGUAUUGAUCCAACAGCAAAUCAGCGUAAACACACCUAGCGGUCAGCAGACCAUUGACAACCCUCUCUAUACAUACAAGUUCACGGCGCAAACGCAGGACUUGGUCUACUCGCCCUUCACGAGCUGGACCCAGACCUAUCGCCACCCGGUGUCCCAGGACACUCCAACGCAGAACAACGAUCAGGAUUUUGUUUCGACCAUGAACAGCCAGCAGCCGAGUCUUGCGAGUCGACUCUUCAACCUGUUUGCCAAUUACAACCAAUUUUCCCAGGUUAGCAACGAGGCGUGGUACCAGGGUCAGUCGGGCAACUACGACAGUAUAGAGUCCAUUCACGACACUGUUCACGGUCUCGUCGGCGGUUCAAACAACGGCGAUAUGUCCAUAAUUGAUGUUUCUGCCUUCGAUCCUGCUUUCUGGCUUCACCAUGCGAGCGUUGACCGUUUCUUCGCGCUUUGGCAGACGCUGUAUCCAGAUACGUAUGUCGAGGCAGCCAGUCAGAUCUACAGCAACUACUGGUACACUGCCGGCACUACACUCGACGCCAACUCAGGACUGCUUCCCUUCUACGCGGACACUAAUGGCAACUUCCACACAUCUAACUCAAUCCGUGACUUUACCCAGUUUGGUUAUACCUAUCCGGAGAUCACCGGCAACAACCAAGACAUUGUCACCGCGGUGAACACGCUUUAUGGUGCCGGUCAGCCGCAGGCUGGCAGGAGAAAACGAUCUAUAUCUCAAAGCGAUGUCAUCGGCAAUCUCUCAAAUGUUGCCGAUACAGUGACCAGCUCCCUCGGCCCAGUUGGUGACGUCGUCGAGAGCGCCGUCAACGAAGUCUCCAACCUCGUCAGCGACAUUGGCAGUUACAUGGGCGUCUCCUCCAACCGGGACUACAUCGUCAACAUCCGCACUGACAAGCACGCUGUCGAUGGAAGUUACCAGAUCUUCGUCUUCGUUGGCGAUAUUCCUGAGGACAAGAGUACCUGGACCACGUGUGAUUCGCUCGUUGGCAUCCAGGUUAUCACAUCCAUGAUGUACGGCUCGAAGAUGCCUACCGCGAUCGUCUCCGCAACCCUGCCGCUCACAAGGUUCUUGGAGAAGCACGUCGUUCUCAAGCUUCUUUCCGGGCUGGACGAGGACAUCGUCAUUCCCUACCUCACCGCCAACCUAAACUGGAAAGUUCUCGGCUCGGACGGCUGCGAGAUUCCUCUUUCGUCUUUGCCGGACCUCAAGAUCAGUGUCGUAUCUACCGCCAUCCAGAAGACGACGACCCUCGAUGCUUUCCCCAAGUGGGUCAACGGCUUCACAAGCCACUACGAAGUGACAAGCGGCAAGGAAGGUGGUCUCUGCGCAAACGAAGAAGAUUGAGACGACAACGGGCAAGAAAGUCGAUUUUGCCAUAAUUUAAGCAUGUGCUAUAAUCGUACCCUCUUCGCAUUUUAAGCUAUUUGUUAAUUAGUGAUACCACCAACACAGGCACGUGGCUUUAUCCAUAAAUGUUCUUCUUUUCUAUAGCCGGUUUGCAUAUCUACGCUAGUUCAUGGUGAACAGUGUGCUAAGCUAGUUGCACACUGGUCGUUUUGUCCAAGGGAUACCUAACACAUUUUAGAGUCGGGUGGUACGUCAGAGAAGUGUAACUAGAUCUAAGCGACGAUAUGGUACAACAUGCGAUAUCUGCUUGGUUGCGGGUCUUUUUUCUGCAUAAUACUUGGUGCAUCCAUCCC